CUUUUCACCAUAUGUGACCACUAGUUGCAAAUAAUAUUUUUCUCUGGGCUUGAAUAAAACUGCUUUUUGUGCUUGUACCUCAAAAGGAGUUCAUAAAGAGUCAACCAGCAAAACGAGCAGCUUUAAGAUCCUGCGGUGAGGAUUUACUUUCAUUUUUACACGCAUGUCGAUAAAAUUCAAACUUAACAAACCAACAGACGGACACAGGUAAUUGCUUUUUUAUAGUCCCCGUUAAGAUGUAAUUGACCCCAUUUACAGUUAUUGAUAAAAACAGCUGGGAAGAAUCCUGAAUGCUGGCGAUGAGGGUUGAUCCCCGAGACAGCUUGUGUUAGAGGCUGACUGCUGAUGAACUUCUGUGGAGGUGUGCACGCUCAAAAACUGCAAAUGUUCCACCAACGUGAAAUAAAACUUUAAAGGGCAGUUCUCCCAAAUUGCAAAAAUCGAUGUUGUAACUUGCCUCAGUGGCGUUUAGUCAUGCAGCUAGCUUUGGUUGUAAGGUCUGAGGUAUUAGUCUCUGAGAUUUCUGCCUGUAUCUCAAUACGAUAGAGGUAGAUGAAAGUUUGUUUUUAGCCAUGCUAGCGUCAUGGCUCUGGUCACCAUUGUGGUCCUCAAGUGACUCCAAAUCUAACGGAUGAUUUAUAAUGAAAUUUUCUACAUAUAUUCAGUGUCUCUGAAGGACGAAUCCUCUUGACUUUGGUGAUUCUGUCUUCUUGUCUUCCUCCACAAUCAGGUCAAAAUUUGAGUUUGUUCAUUUCAUUGAUUAAUGACCAAUUCUGCAAAACUAAUGACAUUCCCAUCAGCCUCAGCUGUAAUCUGUUUAGUGCUAAUUAUCUAAUGCUAAAACACACACAAAAAAAAAUAUGGUGAAUAUACCUGCUAAAGUCAACACCCUAAAGUUGUCACAGUGAGGGUAUUAGCAUGCACUGAAAUUUGGAAAAAAGUAGUUCCUUAUAUAUACACACACACACACAUAUAUAUAUAUAUAUAUAUAUAUAUAUAUAUAUAUAUACAUAUUAAAAAAAAAAAUGAGUGUGUUAUGUUGAUUGUUCAAAAUAAAGUAGACACUGUUUGGAGAGGAGUGUUACUGCUAGCAGCAUGGCUCUACGGAUGAUAAUCCCCGGAUUUAGCGCCACCAUGAGGUUGAGAUUUUUUAUUUUUUGUGAAAUAUUUCAUGCCAUGAAUGUGGUGCAGGACUCCCUGUCACUUCUAACCUAGUGACAAGAUCUUUGUGAAACUCAGCCUCAGGUGAACUUUGUGCUUAGUGCGAAUGAGCAAGUAUUAAUAUGCUGAAAGACUAAACUAAGAUGAUGAACACUGUUACACCUACUAAACAUUAGCAUGUUAGUGUUGCCGCUGUGAGCAGCUCAGCUGCCAUAGGCGUUUAGUUACAGCAGUUUGAGAGCAGCUAGCGUGGCUGUAGUCUUAUUUAAAUGUAAGUUUCCUUGAACACAACGAGCAAAACUCCCUGUAUCUUAUAUAAUGAAGGGCUGCAGGAAUCUCAGCAAAUAAAAUCAGAACUGACUGCAUGGCUGGAUACCACUAGUGGUAACUUUUUCAUAUAUUGGGUGAAGUAACCCUUUAAACUUUUCCAGAAGCCAAAAAUUUGUUUAGAUUAUUAUUAUUUUUUUUGUCAUUAGUCAAGUUGUUUUCACACACAGUACUGUAGUCACUUUUCUUUAUAAACACUCAACAACGAAUCACUGUCGUCACUCCCAGUGUAGCUGUUUGGUUGUUUUGUACCACGUACGAAGAGCUGCGAUACGGCUCCUAGUUCAGGUACUGAUGUAAAUGGUGUAUGUAAAGAAGUUGUAAAUGUACGUUUGAUGGCAACUCCAUGCACUGUCACACCAACAGGUUUGUAUGUAACGAUGUAGAUUCAUUGACUGUCUAAAUGUACAUGUCGGAUAAAAGGAACAUUUUACUUGUAAAUAUUGAUUAAGGCAAACAGACUGAGACUCAUCAUGUUCAGCACAUAGUUUAAUUUGUUUUGUAGUGUUUUCCACUGUUGGCCUUUUGUUAGAGCAUCACUAAUCAUGCACAAAUUAUUUGUUCAAUUGGCACCUUAUUGAUAUGUUAACAUGCCUAUUAUUUUUUUAAGUACAUGGAGCUUGUAAUCGCACACACACUGUGUUUCGACGUCAUGAUAUUCGGUUUUUGUCAUUGAAACCUGUCCAUGGAGGUUAAACUCUCCUCUCCCCCAGUGUGUGUACCUGUGUGAUUUUGGUGGAAAAAAUGAUUAUCGGAGGCUUUGAGCUGUCAUCUAGAUUUCCUAAAUUUAUUUCCCUUCCAUUAUUUACUCGUCAGAAAACCAUAAUUCUGCCUCUUUGUGGUAGCACUGAAUGAUUAGUGUUAAUUUAAUCAGAUGAUUGGCAAGUACAUUUUUCUUUUUUAAACUUUUUUUUUUUUUUUUUUUACAAAUCAUUACAUAUAUUUUUAAAUAUGUUUAAUCAUAAAAUGUCUACACCUACAAAUGCAUAAUUUGAAGUGGAAUAUUUGUGAUAACAUAAAAGAGAUUCCUUGACAAAUUAUAUACAUUGUUGGAUAAUGUCAACACAUGCAAAAUGAUUUUUAGUAGCUGAAUAAAGUCACAUGAUGGAAUUCAAUGAGGCCAGACAAUGUUUGUUUAAGAUGUCACAGUUUACAUUGAAUGUGUUCACCCAUUUAGUUACUGGCUAAAGUGAGGUGGUUAAACAUUUAUUUUGACUAUGACCCCUGCUUCAAUAAGACUAAGGUUUACCAGUUAGUUUGAAACAUCGUCUGCCGUGUGAAAAUGACGGAUUUUGGAGAGAUCCUGGGGACCAUCGGAGAGUUUGGUUUAUUCCAGAAGGUCGUUGUUCUCGCGUUAGCCUUCCCACAUUUCUUACUGCCAGUUUUCCUUUGUAGUUUUCUUUUUAUCCAGUCAGAUCCAGAGCGACACUGCAACACGGACUGGAUCCUCAGAGCUGAUCCUAACCUGACCACAGACGAGCAGCUGAACCUGACUCUGCCCCGGGAGGAGGACGGGACCUUCAGCAGGUGUCGGAUGUUUGUCCCUGUGGACCGGGACAUCGGCUCCAUCAGGGAGUACGGACUCAAUGAGACCUCAGGGUGCCAGAGUGGGUGGGUGUACUACAACACUCUGUAUGAGGCCACCAUAGUCACUGAUUUUGAUCUCGUCUGUGACAAUUCUUACAUGGCUGCAGUCGCACAGACGGUCAUCAUGACUGGUUUACUUGCUGGUUCAUUCAUCUUUGGACCAACAGCUGAUACGUACGGCCGCAGGAGAACCACCCAGAUACCAGCUGUCCUCCUGAUGGUGUUCGCCUCAGUUGCUGGUGUGUCUCCAAAUUUCUAUGUUUACAUAGUGUUACAGUUCAUAGUUGGAGCUGCACUUGGAGGAUACAGAAUGAACUCUACUGUAUUAGCCACCGAAUGGAUCGGGGUCAAGAAAAGGUCCUUUGCCUCCUGUGUGAGCCAGAUGUUUGGAGGUCUUGGACAGUGUGCCAUGGCUGGUCUGGUCUAUGCUGUUCGUGACUGGAGAACAGCACAGUAUGUGAUAUCAGGAGGACAGGCCUUUGUUAUCCUGUACAUAUGGUGGAUUCCAGAAUCUGCAAGAUGGUUGCUGGGAAACGGAAGAAACGAAGAAGCUAUGAAGUUGAUACGAAGAGUUGCAGCAAUCAAUAAAAAGAAACUCCCAGAGAAUCUGCCCAACAUGGUAACUAAGGAACGAGAAGUCCAGAAAGGAGGAAUCAAAACAAUUUUUACCUCAACAGUCCUGAUGAAACAUUUAGUCAUUAUAUCUUUUGCCUGGUUUUCAUUAAAUCUAGGCUACUUCUGCCUCGUCCUGAAUGUGGGUAAGUUUGGUCUGAGCAUCUUCCUGGUUCAGUUCCUGUUUGGGAUCUCUGAGAUUCCAGCUCAUCUCCUCUGCAUGUGGGCUCUGGAGCUGGUGGGGAGAAAAAAAUCCCUCAUAUCAACUCUCCUGGCAGGAGGAUUGUUUUGCCUCUUGACUCUGGUUCUCCCUCAAGACAACGCCGUUGUUAUCACGGCGCUUGUAACCACAGGAAAGUUCUUUUUGAACUGGGCUGGUUCAGUAUGUAUGGUCUAUAUCCAGGAGCUGUUUCCCACUUCUCUCAGGCAAACGGCCGUUGGCUUAGGGUCCAUAGCGUUCAGAGUAGCAGGGUUGCUGUCUCCGUUGGUCAACAUGUUGGCCAUAUACCACCAGUCCAUACCCAUCAUAGUCUUCAGCAGCCUUGCGGUGGUCAGUGGAGCUCUUGUCCUCCUCCUUCCAGAGACCAGCAGAAAAGAGCUUCCUGAUUCAAUCGAUGAGGCCAAGGGCAGCAGGAAAAUGAACACCAAGAGGAGUGACUCCAACAAGGCCGACAACAAGGGCAGGAAAUGCACCAAACUGUAGUUGGCGAACUGAAACCUUUUGUUUUAGUUCUGAUUAUUUUUUUUUUAGUGGUCCAAGCAGCGAAGCCAUAAGCUUUAGAAACACGGGCCCCAAACCAUGAGGUGCUGUACCCAGGUGGUGUGGCUGAGGGUCCAAAUUCUUUCUUCAUGUCAAUAUCUCCAUUCAUCUGUGUCUUUGCUCCACUGUUCGUCUGCUCUAAAAAUAUACUGUAUCCAUUUUCCUUAAAACCUUGUCAGCAAGCACCGGACCAAUCAUUACAGAACUUGACCAAGAUUAUAUACACAAGAAUUUUCAAUACGCUGAUUUUACAAGCCAAUCAAUAUUCAUCAAAAUGUCUAAGUGUAGUAAAUGUCUCACCAAUGCUUUGUCUGAUUAUUAUGAAACAUCCACGUUAGGUCUGUAUGAAGACCUAACGUGUUUCAUACAAUAUAAUAUAAUAUAAUUCAAUAAUAUAAUUGAAGUUUGCUUGUUUUCCAUAGACAAUGACAAACGUUCACAUUUGGCACAGUGACUCAUAGUAACCUUUUCUAACUUUUCUCAAAGUAUUGCUUUCGUAAUUCAAUGUGACUCAAACAAAAUUCAGCAGCUUUAAAUUUCCGCCGUGAAUGUCCAAUCAACAUGAAAACUGGUUAUGCAGGUUUACGGUGUCAUGAAGAGGGAAUGUACAAAACCUUGGACCAAACGGCCUCAAUGUGGCGCGACAACAAAGAUGUUUACGUUUACGCUUGUGUCUCCACUUUUAUAAUUCAUCAACUCGUCCGUGACAGUUUGUCAGAUUCUUCUGAAACUGAGUGAAUAAUCUGUAGUAGAUCCGUGGUCCGUGGAUCUGUGGUUAGCUUCCUGAAAUAGACUCGGCCCCCUGAACGACUGGUGAAAGGUAAUCCAAACUGCUGCGACAGUCACAUUACCGCAGCCAGCUUUUGCUAUUGAUAUAUUAAAAAAUCGUCAGUUACGCAAGUCAGUGCUACAAAUCUGAAUCACCGCUUUACAAUGCCAAAUCUCCAAUCUCUAAUUUGCAUGAAAUUGCACGAAGCAAAUACAUUUAAACUAAGUACCAAUGCUGUAAAAUGCCUGUGUGUCAAAACUAAAUGGGCCUUAGAAAGUGUAAUGUACCGUAAAUGUAAUGAAAACCACAUUUCAUUAGCUACUGAAUAAAAAACAAGCAUCCAAAUGCUCCCAGUUUGCUUGGACCACAAUCAGUCCUGCUUGUGGCCGUACAGUAUUUAUACAUGUCUUUGUUGUGUGUAACAUUAGUUGUAUAUUUUUUAGCAGAAUGUUUUUAUUUGGACUGUGUUCUGCCUUUGAUAAUGCCCAUUGACUCAGCGUGUUUGCAUCAGACUUAUGGUCUGUCUUUCCUGCUGUCAGUGCUGCUCUGUUGGAAAAAUAAAACACUAAUAAAGAAUGAAUGUAGUUCUA